UGUGGGCUCCAACCCGGCAGCCGACAUCCUUUGCAGCCAUGGACUUGUCUCCUGGAGAUUUCUUGUCACAAGUCACGGAGCAUUGGGAGUCCAUCCGUGCCACUCAUGCCACCAUUGCGGAACACAUUGGCAAGAAAGACCUUUCAGGGUUGAUGACCUACGACGAGGAAGAUCCACAUGGUAUUCUCCCAUUGGCUCCUGAUUCACUGAAGCCCUGUGCUUGCACGAUCCGCGGGUUCGGUGCGGCAGCCGUGGCCUCUGCUGCUGAGUUUGAGUUCUUCCUUCCAGCUGCCGAGGAGGACUUGGGUGCUUUGCUGGAGUCUUGCAAUGAAGAUACCUACAAAAAGAUGCACGAGGGCCUCGAGGCGGCAUAUGAAGUUGCAAAACGAGAGGUGAGUGGGACCAGGACAGCACUUUCUGAUAUUGAGGGCAAGGGUUGGUCAGCUGCCCUUUGCCUUCAGAAAGAUCCAACAGAAGUUGCAAGCAUGGAUGACGUGGAAAAGGAAAAGGCAUUUGAACUGAUGAGAACAACCUUGGCUGGUGAGCACGUGAAAGAAUCGACAAAACAAGUCUUCCAGCUGCUGUGCACGAACGAGAUCCCGUUGCAUGAUAAGAUCCAUGCAAAGCAGAGACUGGUGGAUGCCUUACAACGAAAGGCCAUGAUGAUCACAUCAGAAAGGGCUGUGGCCGACUCGUUGGUUGCCGGCUUGGAGCAGCAGCAAGCAGAAGUACGCGAGAAGAUGCAGAGGUGCGCUCGCAUUCGUCGUGCCACCAUCCGUGAGGUGGAAGUUGCAGGACAGCAGAUGGUGGAAGCUCAGCAAGCUGCACAGGAGGCCGAAAGGAAGCACAAGGAUGCCUACAUUCGCAAUGAGGCAGCAGCCAUGCAGGAGGAGAAUCUCGAAAAAGCAGAUGAGGCGAUCAGCAAGGAGCUUGAAGCUGCUCGAGCUGCCCGUGCACAGAUGAAAGAGGAGUGCGACCACCUCGAUGUGGAGGCGACCGCCUCCACCAGAGCCAUGACCGCCAGUAACCAGGCCUGCCACAGCAGCAUUCUGGCUUAUUCCAAGCUGGCGGUGGAGGAGGCCUGGAAGAACACAGCCUUUGCCUAUGAACUUGGCAAGUGUUUGGUGGCUGCCAAGAAGAAAGAACGCGACCAUUUGUUGCAGGAGCAACGGAAGUUCCAAAAACUCGCUCAAAAACAGAAGCAACCGAAGAAGGCUGCAACCCUCGAAAAGGUGGAACAGUUCGAACGGCAGAUCUGCGAAACCAAGUCCGAGCUUGUACAGUUGGAGGCCCUGACUCUUCGCGCCGAGGAGCAAUUUAACUCCUUCAGACUCUUGCAGAGUGGGCCGGACGAGGAUGCCAUUGCCCGAGCCGCACAGGAUGCUGCACGUGAACACUAUGGAGAUUUCCAGCUCUAUGUCUCAGACGAUGAUGACUCGGAUGGCAGCACAGAAGCAUCCGGACCCACGAUGGCACUUCAGCAGCAUAUGCCAAGUCCUGUCGACAAGAUUCGUAUCGAAAUGGAGGAGAAGUUCAAGAUCGAGAAGCAGCAGAUGAUGGCAGAAUUCCAGUUGGAAAAGCAGCAGAUGUGGCUUGCGCUUCGAGAGGAGAUGAGGGCUGAACUGCAACGUGACGAUGCCAGUUCAGUGAACUCUUUCGAGCGAAUCUCAGACAUUGGUGAGUGAUUCGUGGUGAAAUGUGAUGUGUGGCCUUUGCUGUCCAUCAGCUGGCAAGUUUAGUUUGCCCUCCUUGCAGCCCGAGUGGCGAGCUACUUGCAGAGAAGUAUGAUGUUGCAUUUCCACAGCGUGAAGCACGCUUUGGAGCAGCGUGAAGCACGCUUUGUUUCAUGAAUUCGGAGAGGCCGCACUGCCCCCAUGGCAGGAACACACGUGCUGUUGUGAAAUCAAAUUGAAGAUUCAUGACGGACUCAUUGCCACAAAGCGCAUGAUUCCAUUAUGUUCCAUUGGUGACUCGGAUUAGAAACAGCUCCCGAGAAAAA